AUGGUGUGUUCCCCGGUGUUGUUGUGUGUGGUGUGGUCGGGGCUGGUGGGGGUCGGGGCAGAUGUCUACACCUCCUCAGCCCAGCUCCAGAAACUCAUGGACACCGAGAGGCAGCUCCUGCUCUUCCUGGAGAAACUGUACACUCGCUUCUCCGAAGACGAUCCAGCUCACAGAAGGACUCUGGCCAGCGUCCAGCUGGACUUGCAGGCGCUGCCGAUGACGUCAUCAGUACGCCACCCGCUUGACGCUGUGGUGGGGUUGCGACGUUACCAUGGCUACGUGGGCAAGUAUCUACAGCUGCUGCCGGACACCAUGGCGACGAGAGUUGAGGAUAACCUGAGGAGAUUUGGUACAUCCCUUCCCGACACCGCCCAGGUGACAGGAUCUCAACAUGGCCUCCUCAGACUGCAGUCGACGUACAAACUGACGACAGGGAUGUUGAUGACGUCAUCAUUGUUUAACGUCUCGGCACGUGAUUGUAUAGCCAUAGCAACCGUUGCAGAGAGGGCUGGGCUCAAAACUCUAGCGUCUGACUGGUUUGAUGUCGCCAGUGGUCUUCCUGCUCUUAAACAUCAGACCAGUCAGUCCGUUACUAGGGGCAACACGCACCAACACCAACCCUCGGAGAAAGAUCCGAAAGGAAACCUUCUGUCAGAGGACUCGCUUCCAGAUGAGGAGUUUGACGAGUUGUGUAGGCAACACAUGAAUACAUCUACGCUAGGUUACAGGACGACCACGGCUGUCUGUAGACACGUGACUGCAGACGUGCCGUUCAUGAGGUGGAGACUGGAGGAACUGCACGACGACCCUCACAUUGUCCUGUUCCAUGACGUCAUCGCCGACUGGGAGGCUGACGUGUUUAUACGUCUUGCAUCUGGCAUGCUGGAGAGAGCUACAACAGGGCAGCGUCCGGGGCAGGGAUCUUUGAGCGAAGCUAGAACCAGCAAAGUGGCGUGGCUAUGGGACAACCACACCCACACCGUCGCCCGAGUGAGCAGGAGGGUUGCCGACAUCACCGGCCUCAACACCGACUUCCGCGACAGCGCCACCUUCGCAGAACCCUUCCAGGUGGUGAAUUACGGCAUAGGAGGACACUAUUCCCCUCAUUAUGACUACUACGUGAAUCAAGACAAUGUGAAGACGUCGUGGGGAUUCUCGUCCAACAGCGGGGACAGAAUGGCGACUUUCAUGUUCUAUCUGAGCGACGUGGAAGAAGGCGGGGCCACAGUGUUCCCAGAACUCGGCAUCGGAGCUCCGCCCGUCAAGAACGCCGCCCUGUUCUGGUACAACUUCCUUCCCGACGGUUCUCCCGACCCCAGGACCAGACACGGGGGGUGCCCGGUGCUGUAUGGUCACAAGUGGGUGGCCAAUAAGUGGAUCCGUGAGGUGAGCGGCGCCAUGACGAGGUCAUGUACUCCAGCCAUGUCCCCAACCGGGAACCUGACAUGAGGCCAUGGACACCAAGGUGGAAAUACGACCUUGUACAUUAAUGGAAGUUGACUUUGUAAAUUGAUGGAAGUUGACCUUGUACAUUAAUGGAAGUUGACCUUGUACAUUGAUGGAAGUUGACCUUGUACAUUGAUUGAAGUUGACCUUGUACAUUGAUGGAAGUUGACCUUGUACUUUAAUUGAAGUUGACCUUGUACAUUGAUGGAAAGUGAUCUUGUACAUUGAUGGAAGUUGACCUCAUACAUUGAUGGAAGUUGACCUUGUACAUUGAUGGAGGUUGACCUUGUAUAUUGAUGGAAGUUGACCUUGUACAUUAAUGGAUGUUGACCUUGUAUGGUGAUGGAAGUUGACCUUGUAUAUUGAUGGAAGUUGACCUUGUACAUUAAUGGAUGUUGACCUUGUACAUUGAUGGAAGUUGCCCUUGUACUUUAAUUGAAGUUGACCUUGUACAUUGAUGGUAGUUGACCUUGUACAUUGAUGGAAGUUGACCUCGUACAUUGAUGGAAGUUGACCUUGUACAUUGAUUAAGUUGACUUUGUACAUUGAUUGAAGCUGACCUUGUAUGGUGAUGAAAGUUGACCUUGUACAUUAAUGGAUGUUGACCUUGUACAUUGAUAGAAGAUGACCUUGUAUAUUGAUGGAAGUUGACCUUGUACAUUAAUGGAUGUUGACCUUGUACAUUAAUGGAAGUUGACCUUGUACAUUGAUUGAAGUUGACCUUGUACAUUGAUUGAAGUUGACCUUGUACAUUAAUGGAAGUUGACCUUGUACAUUAAUGGAAGUUGACCUUGUACAUUGAUGGAUGUUGACCUUGUACAUUGAUUGAAGUUGACCUUGUACAUUAAUUGAAGUUGACCUUGUACAUUGAUGGUAGUUGACCUUGUACAUUAAUGGAUGUUGACCUUGUACAUUGAUAGAAGAUGACCUUGUAUAUUGAUGGAAGUUGACCUUGUACAUUGAUUGAAGUUGACCUUGUACAUUAAUGGAAGUUGACCUUGUACAUUAAUGGAAGUUGACCUUGUACAUUGAUGGAAGUUGACCUUGUACAUUGAUGGAUGUUGACCUUGUACAUUGAUUGAAGUUGACCUUGUACAUUAAUGGAAGUUGACCUUGUACAUUAAUGGAAGUUGACCUUGUACAUUAAUGGAUGUUGACCUUGUACAUUGAUUGAAGUUGACCUUGUACAUUGAUGGAUGUGGACCUUGUACAUUGAUGGAAGUUGACCUUGUACAUUGAUGGAUGUUGACCUUGUACAUUGAUUGAAGUUGACCUUGUACAUUAAUGGAAGUUGACCUUAUACAUUAAUGGAAGUUGACCUUGUACAUUGAUGGAAGUUGACCUUGUACAUUGAUGGAUUAUUGACCUUGUACAUUGAUUGAAGUUGACCUUUUAGAUUGAUGGAAGUUGACCUCGUACAUUAAUAGAAGUUGACCUUGUACAUUGAUGGAAGUUGACCUCGUGAAAUGAUGGAAGAUAACCUCGUGCAUUGAUGGAAGUUGACCUCAUGCAUUGAUGGAAGUUGACCUCGUGCAUUGAUGGAAGUUGACCUCUUGCAUUGAUGGAAGUUGACCUGUAUAUUGAUGGAAGUUGUUGUCGUGCAUGGAUGAAAGUUGACCUCAUACAUUGAUGGAGGUUGACCUCGUGCAUUGAUGGAAGUUGACCUCUUACAUUGCUGGAGGUGAGGUGAAAUGGGGUUUAACCUUGCAUCCAAGAUUAUUGCAUUCAUAUAGCGGCGUGCAUGCACGUGUGUGUGUGUGUGUGUGUGUGUGUGUGUGUGUGUGUGUGUGAUUUCUGAUGCUGAUUUUUAGUGCUAGCACACUGAUAAAACAUGCCGCAGUUAAACGUGAAUACCCCUACUCAGACUCCGAGCAAACCAGUCCUUGUUUUAGCCCCUUAAUGCAGAUCGCCAGAUAGGGUAACAACAAGUACCAUCUCAAGUUCACCUUGUACAUCAUUGCAAGUAGGCCAUGUACCUUUUUGGAUGUAAGUCCUGUUUUAUAAUGUUGAACACAAAACACAAGGUAUCAUUUGUUACAUUUAUUUUUGUUGGAAUAAAAAAUUGAAAUUUAUUUUCAUUUCAAAAUGUAUGUACAAUAAACACAACUUCUGCCCUGUGAAGUUCAUAAAACCAAUGAAACAUGUAAACACUGUAAGAUCUUUCAAAUGCUCCAAAUGAAACUGAAGUUUGCCCUAAAAAUGAUGUGCCGUUAACGCCAGCAUGUUACACAGUCUUCAACAUUCCCCUAAUAUGACAUCACAGUGACCAUAGGGCGUCAACACAGUACAUACAUGGGUCCACUGUUCUGUCAUUGUCACUGUGAUGUCAUUGUCACUGUGAUGUCAUUUCACUGUUCUGUCAUUGUCACUGUGCAGUCACUGUAACUUAUUGUUCAACUUUUGUCCACACGUUGGUUGACUGUCCUGUUGUCGGGUCAACAUUCUACCGGAUAACCCAUACAUUACUAAUAGAAGUCAAUAUCAGUGAUGAAUUAUGUGUU